CGCGCGCAGUCAGUUCAGUUGCGGCUCGCGGUAUCGAACGCCGGUGCGUCUGUGUUGAGCUGUCGCCUGUCGGUGUGUGAGCCAGACAGUUGUCAGUUGCCACCGGCGGCGGAUACGCGUGUGACCCGAGUGUACAGUGCGCGGAGCUCCAACCAUGGCUCUGCUUCGUCGGCUGGCUGUGAACGCGCCCCGAGGCGUCCGGAUGCUGUCGGCUUCCCCGCCGACCCGCGACGAUCUCGACCUAACCUUCAACAGCCCAAAAGACGCGUUCAAAAGCAAAAAAACCAGCGAACUAGUCCGGGCAUACCUCGUCUACCAAAUAUGCUCGUUCAACUGGAUCGUCGAGAACAACGACAUGUUGAUGAAGAGGUUGCGACAGGUAGUGGGGAAAAAGCUGUUCGAAGUUAUCAUGAAAGCCACCUUCUACGGGCAGUUCGUGGCCGGUGAGGACCAGAACAACAUCAAACCCACCAUUGAGAGGUUACGCUCCUUUGGUGUUAAGUCAAUCCUGGAUUAUUCCGUCGAGGAAGACAUUACUCAAGAGGAGGCUGAGAAACGCGAAGUCAGCGCUUCGAUCUCCACCUUCGGCGACCAGGAGGAGGAGGGUCAGCUGAAGCAGUACCAUGUGGAGCAAAGAUUCGCGGACAGACGCUACAAGGUGACCAGCGCCAGGACUUACUUCUACCUCAAUGAGGCUUCCUGUGAGAAGAACAUGGAAGCCUUCAUGAAGAGCAUAGAUGCCGUCGCAGGAAUCACCAAAAGCACCGGGCUGAUGGCAGUGAAACUGACAGCUCUCGGGAGACCGCAACUACUCCUCCAAUUAUCUGAAGUGAUAAUGAGGGCCCGUAGUUACAUGCACGAGAUAGCCGGCGGCACUGGCAACGUCCUCACACACCACAAGACCAUUGAAGACAUCCAGCGAUACCUCGGCGACUUGAGCUCCAAGCCUGAAGUGCAGGAGUUCAUGAAGAAGGUCACUUCGGAUAAAGAGGGCGUGCUGCAUUUAUUCCCAUGGGAUCGGAUCGUUCAUCUAUUCCCAUGGUCCAACAUCCUGGACAAGGAUAUGGGGCUGUCGGACUCUUUCCGAGUGCCAGACCCCAAGACUGGCCAGAUGCGCCGCCUGAUCUCGCAGAUCUCACCAAAAGAAGAGGAAAUGUUCAGGAACAUGCUGCGGAGACUCAACAACAUAAUCAAGGUCGCCAACGACCAUGACGUCAGGAUCAUGAUUGACGCAGAGCAGACUUACUUCCAACCGGCAAUCUCGAGGAUCUGCUUAGAAAUGAUGAGGAGAUACAAUAAAGAUAAGUUCCUAGUAUUCAACACAUACCAGACCUACCUGAAGAACACUUACAACGAAAUCGUAACGGAUUUGGAACAGGCUCAGCGACAGAACUUCUACUGGGGAGCCAAGCUCGUGCGUGGUGCUUACAUCGAACAAGAGCGUGCUCGAGCGGCAGCAAUGGGCUACGAAGACCCCACGUGCGAGAGCGUAGAAGCCACUACGACUUCCUUCCAUAGAUGCCUCAAAGAAAUUCUCAGCAGAGUCAAGAAUGAGAACAAGGACCGUCUCGGCAUAAUGGUGGCGUCGCACAACGAGGACACGGUGCGCUACGCCAUCCAGCUGAUGAAGGAGCACGACAUCAAGCCGGACGCCAAGGUGGUGUGCUUCGGCCAGCUGCUGGGCAUGUGCGACCACAUCACCUUCCCGCUCGGACAAGCCGGAUACUCUGCAUACAAAUACGUUCCUUACGGUCCAGUAGUCGAAGUGCUGCCAUAUCUGUCACGACGCGCGAAUGAAAAUCGCGGUUUCCUCGUCAAGAUUAAAAAGGAGAAAGGUCUUUUAUUAAAAGAAAUCCUCCGCCGCGUGUUCACGGGUCAGAUCUUUUACAAACCAGUCGGCCACUACACGCCGGUCUAAACGUCUCGCAUUUACGAGUUCAUAGUCAGGCUUGCCAACUUUACGGGUAUUUUACGAUUUGACCGACUGUAGGGGCUUACAAAAUAAAGUUAACAAUAGUUUUUGAGUGACGUGUCAAUAUGUGAUACCUCUCUGUUCAAUUCUCUUGGCAAUACGCAAUAUUUUUUGGUCCAGUGAUUAUGGUUUUGGUGACAUUAACUUAAAUGACCUUAUUGCUGUUAUCCAUAUUAAUAAAAUGUGGUCUAAAAGCUAAUUUCCAUCACAAACUGCAUUUUCUGCCAAAUACAAAGUAAGAUAAUUUAUUGACCACAAAACCUUGGUACAGCCUGUCAAGAGAAAUAAUUUAUAUAAAAUCUAGGCCAUUGAGUGAAGCUUUUUAGUCGUUUAUGCUGGACUUAUCCCCUAAGCUGUGGUAAAAGCUAGUCGAAAAGAGUCACCUCGAAUACAUCAUUGUUUAUACAGUUGGUAAGCCUUGGUGAAAUUCCAGCGAAGUAGCGCCAUCUGUUGGUAGAAGUUUGAUUGGUUUGAUGUUGGUUAGCUAACUUAUUGUAUUUAUGUAUUAGAUUAAUAAAUAAUGUAAGAUUGAGAUCACAACGCGAUUCUCUUGUUGUUCGUACAUGUUGAUACGUUAAAAUAAUGAAGAAAUUUGGCCAUGCAGUUAAAAUUGCGUAGAUUGAGUAUCAUUUAACAAGUAGGUAAGCUUUAAUUUUUUUUGUUAGCCUGAUAGUUUAUCACAUCACAACUGAUAAUAUACAUAAAUAUAAGUGUAUGAAUAUAUAUUUGGAUGUAUGUUUCCUUAUCACGCCUAAAGGGAUUUGAUAUUUGGAUGAAAAUACAGCUACGUAUGUAUCCUGGAUUAAUAUGGACACAUUAUAUCCGCGAAAAAGAAGUUCCCUUCUUGUUGUUCUGCGUGGGUGAAAUCGUGGUUAAAAGCUAAUAUCUUUAAACAACAACAUAAUCUCAGAUAGAUAGGAUUCUAUUCUGGGAAGAGAGUAUUUGGAGAGACAUAAGCAUUUUACAUGGGUUUAUAUACAUUUAUUCGCUGUGUACUUUCGUGAAUCACGGAGUAAUAUGUAAACUUUUUUACUUACGUAGUAGUCUUUUCAAAUUCAUCCGUAUUAUUUGUGGCUACUACGAAGUGUCAUAAUUACUCCAAAAUUAUUGCUCAUUAGGGUCAAGAUAAUAAUAUAUGCUGGUAAAAAUAUAUGCAUUUAUAAUUCUUUUUCGUACUUAACAGUGGAUAAAGUACGAAAUAACGUGGUACAUUUUGAUAAUAAAUAUUUUUAAGAAAACAAAAUGUUAUUUAAGUACAGUUUUCUAGUUCAUUACUAUUAUUGUGGUUUUAUUGUACCUUUGAAAGUCAAAAUGAGGUCUGUACGUAAAGUACUUUAUUUAAAAUGUAAUAUCAUAUUUGUAUUAAAGCGUAUGAGUGUGUAUAGACCCGAUGCAUCAAUUACGUCCAUUCAGUAUUCUUCAAUUAUAUGACUUUUAGAUACAUCAUUGUCUACACUAGUCGUUUCAUUAAAAAGAAAUUUUGAGAUUUGUUUAUGCGGAAUUAUACCAGUAAACUUUUUUUUUCUAUGGCUCUUAGAACAAUAAAUUUUAUAAUAUACUUAAUAUAAUCAAUAUAUGGAUGUUUGUAUCUUGUUCAAAACUAAGUACUUAGUCAUAAAAAAAAAUUGUUGGGCAUGUUUCUAUAAAAACAUUUUGUUAAAGUCCUAUGUUACUUACGUUUUAAUGAUUCCUGAAAUAUUGAAACUCUUGCAAUUUGUUUAGGUAUGUUACAUAAUAUAGUUAUUCAUUUUUAUUUAUGUAUGUGUAUAUUUUUCAACUAAUUUAUAACUCAUUGACGUAGAAGUGCAAUUUAUGAAUGUCAAUGAUAUUAAACUAUGGCUGUUCAAUUUAAAUUAUAAAAUUUUUCAGUAUAAAUAAGAAAUCGUAUGAAAUUUAAAACUUUUUUUGUUAAUUACUAUAAAUAUUUUGUUACAUGCUGCCAUUUGUUUUUAAUAAUCAGUAUUUUCUAUAUAAAUAGGACGUUUUAUUUUCUAUUUUAUUAAAAUUAUAUUUUAAGUUAUAAGACUAUAAACCUCAACAUGUAACUAUAACUACGUCACAUUAACUGGCUGUUAAUUAGAAUUCCCAGUGCGUUAAUCCACGUACGUAUGAUUAAAAAAAAAAAAAACUCAAAGAGACUUGAAAAACACAAAAAAAGGUAACCAAUCAAUGACGACAGCAACAGUAUUUUACCUAUUUCUAACUUUGUAAUAUAUCAAGCAAAUUAUAAGUAUACUGUAUACCUAACAUUGUCUGUCAAAAAUAGGUCGAGAAAAAUAUUUACGUUUUUAUGGUUGUUCUGUUUUCGCGUUGUAUGUGUAUAUGUGCAGUAAGAGUUAGUUAAUUUAUAAUUUUAUUUAUAACUGGUCCUUUUAGUCUAGUUUUUGUAGUUACUAAGUAGUGCGCGGAUUUUUUAUGAAUAACUUAUUAGUUUCAUAAUCUUAUCGAUCUGAACAUCAUAAAUCAGCAGUGUAUAUUUUGAUUGAGAUAAUUUAGAGGGCCUGAAAUACUAACGAAAAUUAAUUAAUUAGAAGAGCUUUUUUAACUUUAAGUAGAUGAAUACUUUUUGAAGUUUCACAUCAUUACCAGUAAGAUUCCAUUCCUGAUUAUAUGGAAAAGUUGUUUGUUUUUGCAUCAGGGUUUUGGAAUUUAUAAUUCCUCCAAACAAUUAGAGCAAGGUAUACUCUGAUAUGCCGGUUCUCUUUCCGCAUUAAAACUCAAAACUCGUUGGCGUGUUCACUCUCGUGGGAUUCAACUUUCCACUAAAUAAAUAUAAAGUCUAGGUUUCAGCUUAGAUUGAAAUCGUAAUAGAUGUAGAUGAAACUCAUAAGUGUCGACACCCAAUGAAGUAUCUAGCUGGUUGAGGAAGAAUGCAUUUCAAUUUUGUUCCUCGUCUAAGAAAAAAACAUGUGUUGCUUUAAGAACGUUAUUAUUGUAUUCUCCAAAAAACGUCUGUACAAUCUCCGAAAACUUUGUUUCCGAUAAACUGUACUAUAAAAAGUAAAAAAUAUUAUAUAUAUACAUAUAGGAAUAUGGAUUUAUCUCGAAAGUUAAUUAAUUUUCUGGAGUUUUGUGAUCCGCAUUUUUGUUAUUAUGCUUACGUGUUAUAGAUGUAGGUUUAGUUCCUAUACAAAUAAUAAGAUUUUGUUUUGGUAACGUUUUAUUACAAAUCUUUGAUAAAAUGUUAUUUUUUUUGUUGAUCAAUCAAUUAAUCAUCAUUUUUAUCAAUUUAUUUUAUUUUAAUUAUAAUUUAUUUAUUUUCGAAUCAGCGCUAAUACGAUUGUGAUGCUAAUUUAGAUUAUUUUACGAAUGGACAAUUUAAUAAAGACACGAAUCAAAGUUUUA